AUGGUAGCCAACAAAUUACUGCUCCUAAAAGGGAAGCUAGAACAAGCGAAACAGGAACAAAUUAAUUACUAUUAUCGGUACUUAAAUGAUAAUUUCGUCACUCUGAUUUGGUCAGCUACUACGACAUCAUAUCCAACUCCGUAUCUUAGAAGAUGCUCACAUGAUAAAAAUUAUAAACAAUUGUAUAAAUUUGUUUUAUUCCAUACAACAUGCUCUGACGAUCGUCUUAAAAUUUGUAUAAGCACUCCUUACUUCAAUUGUUGGCAAUUAAUAUCUUCUACUAGGGAUGGGGCUUCUUUGCCUGUACAUUAUUUCUCCUUUAAUCAUCAAUUACUUCAACCCAUUCAACUACCAAAUGAAUUGCUAAUUUAUUCAUGUAUUUAUUCAUCCCUUUCUCAAGUGGCAUAUCUUUAUUUUCUUCCAUUUCGUCAUUACAUUAUUGAUCUUUACAAAUGGACUAAGCGAUUGAAUACGCCUAGUUCAUUUGACAGUAUCUUGCCAAGUAUGCUGGGUAUUGUGACACAUUUUAAUCUGCUGUCAGCUAAGACUUUUAAAUCAUAUUUGACCGCUCAACGUCAGGGAAUUAGCUACCUCUUUUUUAUUUCACUUCCACUGACCUCCAGUCCUUAUUACGCAGCUGAAGCAGCCAUUUUAGCGGCAUGUUGUUGCAAACCAAAAGUUAGCAUUUAUUUACCAACGGAUUCUCCAUCAGAAGCGGCUGCAGAUUCACUUUUAAAUUUGGCAAACAAGUCCUGCAUAACUUAG